AGAAAAAAAGGAGGUUUGUUUAUUUUUUCCUUUACAAAAAGUCGUCUUUAUUUUGCAGAAAAAUAUGGGAACCUCAACAUAGUCUUUGUCUUUUGCCUCUUUUGCAUUCAAUUCCCCUUCUUCAUUUCUAUCCUCUCACCCCACCAUAACCGACUGAACCCUCUUUCUCUCUCUAAAAAAACCCUUUUCUCUCUCUCUCUCUCUACUUCCUAACACCCGUUUUUGUAUAUAUGCAUAUAAAUAUCGAUUAACCACCGUGUAUUCCCUCGAAAAAAAAAAAGUGUUAAAGUGAGGGAAAAUAUGGAGAAGGCGGUUUCGUUGAAAUUGAUGACGACUCUUGAGAGCUAUCAAAAGAAUACGAGGAACAAACCUUACUUUUCAUCCUUGUAGCUUAUAACCCUCAAUUUUGGUACUCUCAUGGCCUCAAACAAUAAGUUCAGCAGCAGUAACAACGACAACAACAAAGAAAUGGAUCGUCAUCAUUAUCAGAUGCAACAUACGCAAAUCACUCAUCAUCAUCAAAAUAAUGAUAAUAAUAGUAAUAACAAUCAGAUAGCAUUCGGGAUGAUGCAGUCAUCCUCGUCAUCAACCAUUCCCGGAAGUUUCAACAUAAACAGCGAUGGUGGAGCUUACGAUUUAGGUGAACUUGACCAGGCUCUCUUUUUAUAUCUAGAUGGCCAAGAUCAUCCGUCAACUCAAGAUGACAAACAAAACACAGGGAUGAGGCCACACACACUGAACAUUUUCCCUUCACAGCCCAUGCAUGUGGAGCCAUUUGCACCAACAACAACAUCAAAGCCGAAUAGUACAGGAGUAGUUUCUCCAGCUACCAGCGGAUCCAAGAGAUCAUCUGAGCCGUCCAACCCUAGGAAAGAUGCUGCUACCAUACCCGAACCGGCCAAAGCAGUUAAGCGCGAAGGAAACCAGAGAGGGCCCACCUCAAGCUCGGAGCAUGAUGGACCAAAAACACCGGAUCCAAAGACACUGAGAAGGCUUGCUCAGAAUAGAGAAGCAGCUAGGAAAAGCAGGCUUAGGAAAAAGGCUUAUGUCCAGCAGCUAGAGUCAAGUAGGGUCAGGCUUACACAGUUGGAGCAAGAAAUACAAAGAGCAAGAUCCCAAGGAUUCUACUUAGGAGGCAAUGCCAUUGUUGCAGGAGAUCAGGGCCCUUCUGUUUCCAUGGCCAACACAAGCUCAGAUGCAGCGGUGUUUGACAUGGAGUAUGCUCGGUGGCUGGAGGAGCACCACCGCCUUAUGGUGGAGCUCCGGAAUGCGGUUAACGAGCACCUGCCGGAAAACGAGCUGCGUGUUUUCGUGGACAACUGUUUGGCGCACUAUGAUCAGAUGAUUAGCCUCAAGUGCAUGAUUGCGAAAUCCGAUGUUUUCCACCUUGUCUCCGGAUCGUGGAAGACACCGGCCGAACGAUGUUACAUGUGGAUGGGCGAUUUCCGGCCAUCCGAACUCAUCAAGAUUAUACUGAACCAAGUUGAGCCAUUAACCGAGCAACAAUUGAUUGCCAUAUGUGGUUUGCAACAGUCGACUCACGAGGCAGAAGAGGCUCUAACACAAGAGCUUGAUUCUCUCAACCAAUCGAUCUCAGAAACUAUAGCUUCCGACUCACUAAGUGUUGCACCCAACAUGAACAAUUACAUGUCUCAAAUGGCCAUCGCCAUCAAUAAGCUCUCCACCCUUGAAGGUUUCGUUCGACAGGCAGAUAAUCUGAGGCAUCAAACCCUGCACCGGCUACACCAAAUCCUGACCACCCGCCAGGCGGCGCGGUGUUUUCUGGCGGUGGCUGAGUAUUUCCACCGCCUCCGAGUCCUCAGCUCUCUCUGGCUUGCCCGGCCGCGUCAAGAAUAGAAGAAAAAUUGGACUUAUACAAAAUGUAUUUUCGGUUUGACAUAAUUUAGAAAUUUUCUGUAAUGAAUUAUAAAGAGCCCAAAAAAAAGUUUAAUUUAGUUAUAAGUAGUUUUAUUUAUUUAUUUAUUUAAUU